UUCACUAGAGCCUCGCUUAAAAACCGGACAUAUACAACCUAGUAGAAGCACUGCUCAUAGGGGGCCGCGGGUAAAGUCAUUAGCGGCCUUUGGGACUGAGAAGCACCUAGAGACCGAACCUGAUACGUUGCAUGGACGCGAACUGGUAAGCGCACGCUUGAGCGCGCGCACAGUUACGUGCUUCGCGGGGGCUGAGAGCCGGGAGCGAGUUCUCCGCCGGCAACGAGGAGGAGCAGCUGAGGAGCUAGCAGCAGCGAGGCGCCAUGGCGUUGGACAUUCGGAUUGCUGGCCGCUAUCGGCUUGGGCGCAAGAUUGGCGGUGGCAGCUUCGGUGAUAUCUACCUUGGAACGAACAUCCAGACCGGCGAGGAGGUGGCCAUCAAGCUGGAGUCGGUCAAGACGCGGCACGCGCAGCUGCUGUACGAGUCGAAGCUGUACAAGAUUCUGCAGGGCGGAGUCGGCAUCCCCAACGUGAGGUGGUAUGGCGUGGAGGGCGACUACAACGUCAUGGUCAUCGAUCUACUGGGCCCCAGCUUGGAGGACCUGUUCAACUUCUGCAACAGAAAAUUCAGUCUCAAGACGGUGCUCAUGCUCGCGGACCAGCUGUUAUCACGAGUGGAGUUUGUGCACUCGCGCAGCUUCAUCCACAGAGAUAUCAAGCCUGAUAACUUCUUGAUGGGCCUGGGCAAGAAGGCGAACCAGGUGCACAUUAUUGACUUCGGUCUGGCGAAGAAGUACCGGGACCCCAAAACCCACAUCCACAUUCCCUACCGGGAGAACAAGAACCUGACGGGCACGGCCCGCUACGCCUCCAUCAACACCCACCUGGGCAUCGAGCAGAGCCGCCGCGACGACAUGGAGUCGCUCGGCUAUGUGAUGAUGUACUUCCUGCGCGGCUCGUUGCCGUGGCAGGGCCUCAAAGCCACGACGAAGCGGCAGAAGUACGAGAAGAUCAGCGAAAAGAAGAUGUCGACGCCCAUCGAGGUGCUGUGCAAGGGCUACCCGAUGGAGUUCGUGACAUACUUCCAGUACUGCCGGUCGCUGCGCUUCGACGACAAGCCGGACUACUCCUACCUGCGGAAGAUGUUCCGCGACCUGUUCGCCCGCGAGGGCUACCAGUGGGACUACGUGUUCGACUGGACCAUCCUCAAGCACCAGCAGAGCGGGACGGUGCCGCGGCCGGCCGUGCCACGGGUGCCGGAGCCGGCGGCCGGCGAGGGCGAGGAGGCGGCGGACCCCGCCUACGGCGGCCGGUUCGACUUCUAAGCACGCAAUCGCAUGGGCUCAUUGCGGGGCUGUGUUGUUGAGUGGAGGACGGCCUGCUGGCUGCACACUGCCGCUGCCAUGUGAAUGACGAAGCAGCAGCCGAGCCGGCUGUUUGAACAGACAGCUGCCAGCACUGAUAGCCUGGCGAAGGGUUCCUGGCACGUACGUGUCGAUUGGGGAAGGGGAUAUGCUGGCGCGUUGUCGACGUUGCACUACCUACGGGAUGGGCAUUGGGGCCUCAAAAGGCGCCUGAAAUCCAGGCUACUGCGCGUGACAAACCGUGCGCUGGCACCUGCAAGGCCUUUACGGGCAGGACUACCAUCGCGCUAGUGCAUGGCUGGCAUAGCUUUCCUUUACGACGGUACCAGGUAUUGGGGAGGCAGCUGGUCACCAGAUAGCGUUAGUGUUUUGAUGCAUGCUGUGGGGAGUUGGGGUAGCGAUAAGACUGCUGGGUGAGGAAUUGCGCGGGGUUUAGGGUUGUAUGUUUAUGGCAGACUCCAGGCAGGCCUGCUACUGGACUUGAGAAUGACGAGGAUAGAUAUUGUAUCGGUCGUAGGCAGCUACCUUUGCGGCCUGCGGGAGAGGUCAGAGUUUGUCUCAAAGACAUUGCUGCCGAUGCCGGCGGAGUGCGUAAGCAGUCUAUCCCAACGCAUUCUGGCCGCGCAGGGGGGCAUAGGACAAUUUGUGUGGUGGAAUGCAGCACUGGGUGUUGGAGAGGAAGGCGAUGAUAACCGAAGGGUGCACAUCGGCACAGACGCCAAGACGGAGCAAGAGGCGCGCUGCGGGCGUACGCACGUGUGCAGCCUUUGUAACCGCGAGUGUCGCGCCCUAUGAUAGGACACUGAACACUUCGUGUGCCUGACGCCGACUUGUUUGCAGAUCUGUCGGCCUCUGCAAUGGCCGUGUUCACCCCUGGCCGUGUUGGCUAUGGCGUAGGCGGCCGGGAGCGCAUGCGUAGCGAGCGAGAGGGUGGCGCAAGCCGAUCACGUUCGGGCUCACAUGUUGCCAAGAGUUUAAACGUCCACUAGGACG